CUCUCGGUUGUUUUCCACCGAACACCUUCCUUGGCCUCUGAUUCGUCGGUUUGUGAAAGGGGGCGGGGCCUAGCCCCCUUGUUGCGUUUUUAUUAGUCGAGCGCUGAGCUGCGCAGUGUCACACUGAAAGAGCCGGAGUAGAGCGCAGUUGGUCGGAAGGCGCUCCGUUCUUUCAAUCAUAAAUAUUCAAUAUAACCUGCUAUUAUGCUGGUUUCUUAUAACAAAAUAAAAAACUAUAUAAAAGGUUUUCUAGGUUCUGUGUAAGUAGUGAAGAAAGCACCCGGGGCGUUUUGGUCGUUCUUCGAUUUUGUUUCUGGCUCGGUUCUUGCUUCCUGUUUUGUUCUGUCAGGGACCCGAGCGGACUUCCAGGCGGUGGGGUAGAGAGAAAAACAGAAGACAGUCGGUGUCCUGCUCGGUUCUUGUGCAUCUUAAAACCGUGCCAUCUUCGGUCGUCGUGUCCUCUGGUGUGAACGCGUCCCGCGGAGUCUACAUGCCCGCGGAGGAUGAGCCCAGCCAUCGGGCGGAUGAUGGAGUCAGAGCAGCCAAUGGCUUUGGGGAAAGGGGUUCUCCUUGAGCCCUUCGUGCACCAGGUGGGCGGCCACUCGUGUGUGCUGCGCUUCGGCGAGCAGACCAUCUGCAAGCCGCUGAUCCCUCGGGAGCACCAGUUCUACAAGAGCCUCCCGGUCGCCAUGCGCAAGUUCACCCCGCAGUACCGAGGGGUAGUGUCUGUAAGCUUUGAGGAGGAUGAGGAGGGAAACCUGUGUCUCAUCGCCUACCCGCUGCACAGCGACCUGGGUGAUCUGGAGAACGUGGAUCCCUCGUCUGACCUGGAACCUAAGAAUAAGAUGAAGUGGUCCAAAAAAAUGUUGCUGGACAACGAAGGCUACAGCAAGGAAAGGGCCAGACACUCGCGCAAGGACAAAGAUAAAAGUCUGAAGAGGGAGGAGGAGUUGGAGUGGUUCCAGCAGGCUGAGGUGCUCUACUAUAGCCUGGAGAGGAGUAACGCUGCUACACCACAGCCUAAGCACAACCCCUGGAGCCUCAAGUGCCACCAACAACACCUGCAAAGAAUGAAGGAGAACGCCAAGCACCGUAACCAGUACAAGUUUAUCCUGUUGGAGAACCUGACAUGGCGUCACACAAUGCCAUGUGUUUUGGAUCUAAAGAUGGGAACACGACAGCACGGUGAUGAUGCCACUGAAGAAAAGAAAGCCAUGCAAAUACGCAAGUGUCAACAGAGCACAUCGUCCAGUAUUGGGGUCCGUCUCUGUGGCAUGCAGGUCUACCAGUCUAACUCGGGUCAGCUCAUGUUCAUGAACAAAUACCAUGGACGCAAGCUGACGUUGGCAGGGUUUAAAGAGGCUCUGUUCCAGUUCUUCCAUGACGGACGGAGGUUGCGGCACGAGCUCCUGUCCCCUGUGCUGCGUCGCCUCAGAGAAAUGCAGGCCGCCCUGGAGGCGUGCGAGAGCUACCGUUUCUACUCCAGCUCGCUUCUCAUUAUCUACGAUGGCGACCCGCCAUGCUCCUGCCGCUCGACCGAGGACCGCCUCUCUGAUGAAGAGGGGGAAGAAGAAGAAGAAGAAGAGGAGGAGCAAGGUGCUUUCGGCUUUCCGCACGGCACUGGCGGAGCGAGUGGGAAAGUUUGUAGUGGUGCGAGCAGUGGUGUUAACAGCAGCAGUGGGAACUCCCAGCCUGCAGUGGAUGUGCGAAUGAUUGAUUUCGCCCACACCACGUGCAGGCACUAUAGAGAGGACAGUGUGGUGCACGAGGGCCAGGACACAGGAUACAUUUUUGGCCUACAGAACCUCAUAACUAUCAUUUCUCAGUUAGAGGAGCACAGUGCUGAUUGAACUGUGCCUAUUGCUUGCAAUAUUGAACCAUGCAACGGCAGACUGUGAGAGUAAAAACCGGGAGUCUGCCAGCGUCGAACUUCGUCAAUUAUCAUUGUCUCUUAAUUCACUUCUUUCUUUCUUGAUUUCUUUAUUUCAAUCCAUUCGGUGCCCAAAAAGGGACAUUUAUGAGGUUACAAGAUUAAGCAGGUUCUUUUGUGUCUUGUUCUUUCUUUCCCUGUUUCCCGAGGAUUAAAAAGGGGUUAAUAAUAUAGGGGAGAAUGCUGGUGAAAUGACAGCGGUUUGUUUACUUGACUGGUAGCCUUUCUUACAUUUGUAUCCCCCUCCUCCCCCUAAUGUAAAAAGUUCGACACCUCCACAUUUUCUAAAUGAAUUUACAGACAAAAGAAACAAAAAAGUGUAAAUAAUCAAGAAUCUGUGAAUCUAGUCAUGUCCAUUCCAGGAGAAGGAUGUAGCGUUACAGAUCUGUAAUAUGAGCAAAUGGAAGGUGGGAAAAAAGGUUGCUCUUGAUUUAAUUAUAUGACCACUCAUGACUUUUUCCACUGUAAAGAGAGAACUAUAUUUGAGCAGGAAGUAGAGGUGCACAGAGACUAUAAUAGAGCUUUAUUUAUUUGGCAUACUGUAUUUCUUAUAUAAGCUAAAAAAAACAAAAAAUGAUGACAUGAAAACUACAUUCCAUGUUAUUACUAUUAAAUUGUUUGUAAUAAUAGUAUCUGACAUGUUCAAUACCACUUCUGUCAACAGUAUGAGGAAAAUAAAACUGCUUUUUUGUUAA